UUUCUUAGAGUUAUUUAGUAUCAUUUAGUGCUUUUUGUGGAAUCUGAACAAACAUUGUACAAGUGUGUAAUGGCGCCUUUUCUUUUGAGAAAUAUUGUGAAUUGUGUGGUGAAAUUUUUGGAGUUAGCUGCAGCAGAAAGAAAAUUGGUACCAAGCUUCCUGAAGAUGGAGUUUCACAGCAUGAGCGAGAACGACCAAUUCAGAACAGCGGCGUUGGAAUGUCCUGUGGAAUUGCCUCCCCCUCCGAACCACCAUAGAUGGAGAAGUUUCUUCCUGACGCUUUACAUGCAGGUUAUCAGCAGCGAGGAAGAUGAGAAAAGAAUGUUCAAACACAAAGACUGGGACUUUUGCGUCAUCCAUUCCAAGCAUGAGACAGACCAACAGACUGCCAGAAGCUUCAUAAGAUUGCUAGAGACCACGCUGGGAAUUUUUGGUACUUGUAACGGGGACGUUGCCCUCGGGGAAAACACCCUGCAGGCAGCCACUACAAUGAUUCAGAGGAGCUCCAAAGUCUUUGUCCUGUCAACCAGACAUUUGGAGAACCAGUCUGUUCCAAAAUAUGUCUUCCAUUCAGCUCUGAUGCAAGAGCUCCAGAGGCCUACCUGGCGCCGGAAGAUAAUUCCUCUGUACCCUCGUGGGCCUAAGUACACACCCCUCUUCCUGGCCAACCUAGAGGGACUGUCAUUUGGGAACGACUCUCGCGUGGUGGAGCUAGUCUCAGGAGCCAUCAGCCUAGAGGAGCAGAUGCAAGUCCGCGCCAGAAGGGACCGCGCCAGCCUGACAUUCUCCACCAGGCUGCGAGAGCUGCGGCAACAGCGCAUUCAGGAGAUCCAGGGAGUGAUCGGUGGCCUCAGGAGAGAGUACGGAGACGACUACAACCCCAACGAACAAGUUACGGAGGCACUUUGAAUUUCCCGCCAGACCCUGCAAUCAAUCGAGGCCAUAAUGCUGGACGACACUGCGUCUUCGAACGACGGCGGACGGCAAGUCAUCAACAUGUCCGGCUGUCAGGCUGUGAGCGUUGGACCUUCGUUCCACUUCUACGGGAGCCAGCGGACUGACGAGGACCCCUCUGCCUUCGAGUGACGUCAGUGUCUUAAAAUUACAAUAAAUUGAGCUCAGAUGUUUGUA